AUAAUAUUUACGAUAUGCCGCGGAUGCUCAACUUUGUCAGAUCAGUGUGUGGUGCCCAGCUUCCUUGUCUGUCACCGGGCAUGUGUUAUGAUCCUUUGCUGAGACCUGAGGGUGCAGCAAUUUUCCACAUGUGCUGUUGUAAGGCUGUGUUUCUGGUUCUGUUUACCUGCACUAUAAAAUGUGGUAAGCUUGUUUCGUGCUAAGCAAGUCUCUCCAUUAAAACUUGUGGAGAGGCAUGACCAUAAUAUUCGUAAGAAAAUGGCUUGUUUAUUCAAUAAAGGUGAUUGCAUGAAUGGUGCGUUGAAAACGUGUGAUGCGUUUUCUGAACAAAGGAUGACACUUUUAUUGCCAGCUGGUUUCUGUUAAAAUUUCCGCGUGCUUUCUUACUGAUGGGCAGUUUCUGAAUCCAGCGGUUAGACAGGUAUCAUAUCGCAAUGAUAUAUCUGGAUUUCGUGAUGCAAGCAUUGUUGUCAUGACACUGUCAUCAUCAUACUUAGUGCAGCAUUUGGCUGUUUGUUGUUUUCUGUGAGUUUUUGCCAUGUGCAUACAUGUCCAGUUUAGAUUUCAGCCUGAACACGCCAGGACAUAAUUAUAUGACGCCCAUCCAUACAUGCAGCCAGGACGUUGGCAUGGAAGGGCACAGUUGACAAAGGGCCCCUGAUAGCCAAAGGGGAGAAAUAACCUAAAAAUCUGCGACAGUAAAGUACCAAAAAAGUCACUGAAUAGAGCCAUUCGUUUGUGAGGGCAUUUGGGCAUUGAGGGCUUUUCCUUGAUGGUUUUCAUAUCUGUCUUCUUUGGCUGGAAUAGAAGCCAGAAGUUACCGCGAGAUCAAUUCUGUUGAGUCUGUAGACAGUUCACUGAAGAAAGCAUGCGCUGAACGCUGCAUGACACAUGUCACGGGCGCUCCCCAUUUUACGGCCCGAGUGCAAUCGGGUCCUCGAUCGUUGGCUCCGAGGGGCUCUCCGACCCUCUUCGGACCUCCUCAUACAAAGCACAUGAUCGACUAGGGGUCACUAGCCGUAACAUGAGCUCCUGUUAUGCAUCAUGGGCCCCUGAUCGACGCAAUGGCUCCAACCCCCGUGCCCCCCGGCCUUGGCCCUGACGGAGCGAACGGGCCUCAUCGAGCAUUGCUGUUAGUCGGAUCGGAUUCCCUUGUAAGCACAGGGUCCUCUGUUAGGUGCUGUGGGCCCCAGACAGAUACACGGGCCCUGACUGGCGUAAAUUUCUGGCUCCAGCCUUGUAGCUGAUUGGAAAUGGGCCCUCGGGCCUAUACCAAUACGAGCGGACUGUGCGGUUCCGGUGGUGUCUGACCGAAAUAUAGACCCAUAGCGACUCGGUAUCCAUGAUUGGCACACAGGACCCGCGUGGUGGUCAUUUGAGGAUCCGUUUCCGUAGGCCGGAGCCCCUGAAUAAGAUCCCGACCAGGCUUUCGUGCCCUUACGGUCCAAUCGAGCCCCUGAUCGCCGGACCUGGUGGGCCCUCCAGGCUCUUUGGGCCUUCUCGAACACUGCCUGUGGCCGACUUGGUGCCCCUUGCCAGUACAAGGCGCAUUAGGCGCUGUGGGCCCGACGAAUGUAAAUCAGUGGCUCCGGCUUUGCCGCUGCUCGGGAAAUAAGCUCUCAGGUCCACGCCGCCACGGAGUCGGAUGUGCGUUACUGGCGGUGUCUGAGGACAUAUCGGCCCUCAUCGAUUUAGGGGCCCCUGAUCAGACGCAGGGCUCUCUGGGUGGUAUUUGAGUGCCCAGCCCUGCGGGCCGGGGCUCCUGAAUACGACAUCUGGCCGGCGUUUCGGGCUCUUAAUCGUAUGUCUUGAGGGAUCCUCCAGACCCCUUGGAAUCUAAGGGCGGCACGUUCCCCCUGUGUGCCCCAUUCCCCUCUGCCUGCGCUACUGAGUCCAUGAAACCACAGUGACCUAUUGCUCCAGUUCCAACACCUAGGUGCGUAUUACCAUGUAGACAGUUGGGAGUCGGGAAGUGGAUUCAGGGGACUAUUCUUUAGUAUUUACCAGAUUGGCAAGCCUGAUCAGGGACUUAUCACUAAAGGGGCAGGCCAUUCAUUCAAUCACUCUGUCUGUCUGUUCAUCAGCUCUAACAGCAGGCCAUGUUAGAUGCGUGAGCUUCUUUCACAUUGGUAUGCUGUGAUGUCCUGCUACUAGGCUGCUUGGCUUUAGGCACUGACUGGUCUGCAGACACUUCCUGUUUGUUUGGUACACUGUAAUGUAUUCAGAGCAAUUUCGUUCUCAAACAUCAAGCUUAUUUGCAAAUAUUACUUAGCUUUUGCUUAUAUGUGGCUUGCAUGGUUGUGGAAGAUUUGGGAUUUGAUGACAUUCCUCAUGGUGUUUCGGGUUCUGAUAUUAGCAUGCAACUGGCCAUGCAACAAAUACAGUGUGUGCCAUGUUUUAAACAGUGCUUACACAUCAUCAGCCUGCCCCACGUUUUCAGGUAUGGCUACAGUACAUGGGAGUGGAGAGAGGGGAUUCGAAGCUACCUUCUACCACUGUUGAUUGGAGGACUGUACAAGAUUUUACAAAUAUUGAACAUGGACAGUAGAGAAAUGUUGGUUUACAGUCCGCGCCUGCUGGUGGCGCUGCUCACCUGGGCCGGCGACGUGGCGCUGGUGGAGGCGGCCCACCGGCUGUGGGGCUCACACACGGCUGGCCACACGGCCUGGAGUCUGGCCACUUCCUGGUGCCUCUUCUACUGCGGCUCCCGGACCCUGGCGAACACCGUGGAGAUGGCGCUGCUGGCCAUGGCGCUCCGCCGGUACCCGUGGAGACCGUGGCUGGGUGACCCAGUGCGCGGUUACCUCUGGCUAGGGGCACUGGCGGCCGUGCUGCGACCGACCGCAGCACUCACCUGGCUGCCGCUGUGGCUGGCCGACUUCAGCUACACGAGCAACAAGUGCGCGCUGCUCUUGACCUCGUCCGCCGCCGGACUGGCGGCGGCGGCAGCGUGCCUGCUGGUUGACUCCCUGGGCCACGGCGCGCCGCUCUUCAGCCCGAUCACCUUCGUUCGCUGGAACGUGCUGGGCGGCGUGGCCUCCCACUACGGCACGUCACCGUGGCACGCGCACCUGACGGCCAGCCUGCCGACCCUGCUGGGUUUGCACGCGGUGCCGGCGCUGCUGGCGGCGCGCCGGCCCGGCCGGACCGAGGGGGUCUGCCUGGCGGCACUGCUCUGGCUGGUGGCCGUGUACAGCGCCCUACCACACAAGGAGUUUCGGUUUCUGCUGCCAGCCUGGCCAUUCUGCGCGUUACUUGCUGGCAAAGGCUUCUCCUGGCUCAGUCGAACCAACGAGAGGUACUGUUCAGGUCUGAAGCUGUUGAUUUUGCUCACAAACGUCGCUGCCGCCCUCUACCUGGGGCUCGUUCAUCAACGUGGCCCGCUAGAUGUCACUAGUCAACUGGUGGCAAGGUUGCACGACGGCCCGUUGGAUAAGGCGUCCAUUCUUUACCUGAUGCCGUGUCACAGCACACCUUUGUACAGUCACCUGCACCUGAACGUGACGACCCGCUUCCUGACGUGUGAGCCGAACCUUGCGGCCGCCGCCAACUACGUGGACGAGGCUGACCAGUUCUACAGCGGGCCGCUGCGCUGGCUGCGGCACGAGUACCCGUCCCUGCUGGCGCAGCCGGCCGCCGAGCCAGCCGGCCGCCGGCUACCCAGCCACAUAAUCCUCUUCGACGGGCUGUGGCGGACGCUGGCGGCGGAGGUGCGCGGCUUUACCGUCUGUGCGAGCGUCUUCCACGCGCACGCCUCCGACGAGAGGCGCGGCGGACGGAUCCUGGUGCUCUGCAGGGACGGCUGGGCCGGGGAUUAGGC